AUGCUAACAUCGGCCCUGAAUAUUCAGGAGCCGCAAUCCUCUCCUUCUGGUGCCCCUAACAGCAGCAACAGCAACAGCAGCAGCAGCAACAGCAGCAGCAGCAACAGCAGCAACAGCAGUAGCAGUUGGGGAUCUAUUUCUUGCUCUUUUCCUGCUGCUGCUGCUGCUGCUGCUAUAAGGAGGACUUCUCUCCUUACGUCGAUGCCCCCUGAGGCACAGACAGCGGGCCCUAAGGCUCCUAAGGAAGUAUCAAUAUCUUGCUGCAGCUGCAGCGGAGGAAAAGAUGCAGCAGUUGCUGCUGCUGCUCAGCAGCAGCUACAUCGACAGCAUAUGCUGCAGCAAGAGGAGCUGCAUCAAUGGCGUAUACAGCAGGAUGCCGAGAAGGCUGCGGUGUACAGACACCUCAGGACACUAGAGAGUCGUAUAUCUGCACAAGAAGAAUUAAUUAAUAAAUUAAUUUUAUUAUUAAAGAAAGAAUUACCUAAUAAAGAGAAGGAGAUGGAUAUAUUAUUACUGCAUGCAUCUAGUAUACAUUGGCCAUAUAGACAGCAGCAGCAGCAGCAGCAGCAACAGCAGCAGAUGUUAUUAUUGCAACAACAGCAGCAGCAAGUGUUGCUGCUGCAGCAACAGCUGCAGCAGCAGCAAGAGGAGGAGGAAGAGGUAAUGGAUAUGCUAAGAGGGUCUGCAGGCCAAUGGACAGAUCGUCUGUAUCGAUGGUCUUCUCGUGUUGAUGACAGUGGAGAUGAGGGUAGUAGAUCAAAAUGGGGAGGAGGCAACGGGCUGUAUAUACAGCUGGAGAGCGAAGGAGGGAAUCCAUUAAGUGCAGCAGCAUUACAAUGGAUACAGCCUUCGUCUGCUGCUGAUGGUGAUGCAGCUGCUGCUGCUGCUUCUGCUGGUGCUGCAGCAGCAGCAGGAAGCAGCAAGGCACAUCUUAGGGUGCUGUGUCUAUUAGAGAGAGCUGCUGCUGCUGCUAAUGGGCUGCAGCUGCGGCGGUUAAAGAGAGGAGCAGAGCUCUCCUCUUUUUCUUUUGAGCCCUUCUCUGUUUGUGUGCAGCCCAGCAGCAGCAGCAACAGCAGCAGCAAUAGUAGCAGCCGCUGCAGCACCCCCACCAGCAGCAGAAGAGGCAGCAGCAGCAACUAUAGUGAUAGCGAGACAGAGACAGAAAAAAGAAAUAAAUAUAAAAAAUUAAUUGUCCCUAUCUGCUGUCUCCAUGGUCUACGGCUGCUUAAGGUAGACACCAGUUUAGAUAGCAGCAGCAGCAGCAGCAGCAGAAGCAACAACAGCAGCAACAGCAGCAACAGCAACAGCAGCAACAGCAGCAACAGCAGCAGCAGCAGCAGCACCGAACAUCUUAACGAUGGGAGGGACAACUGGAAGAGACAAAAGCGGUCGCCCGUAGAUACACCCAAAGGGGGAACAGACACAGGAGGCCCAACAGCAGCAGCAACAGCAGCAACAACAGCAGCAGGUGCAGCAGCAGGAACUAACAACGACACAUCAGCAAGAGAUGAGGGGAGGCACAAGAGAGAAGGGCCAGGGGAAACGCCUGAAGCAGCAGACCGAACAAAUAUAACUCAAGGAGAACAGCAGCAGCAGCAGCAGCAGCAGCAAGUGCAGCAGCGGCAGCAGCAGGGUGGGGAAUCGGGAGCGGCGAAGAGGUCAGAGGCCGCAUUACAAAGCAACCCUAACACCAGCAACUGCAGCAACAGAAGCAGCCCUGAGAGCAGCAGCAGCAACAGCAGCAGCAGCAACAGCAACAGCAGCAGCAGCAGCAGCAGCAGCAAGCGUAGCCGGGUUGUGGUGUCAUCUGCCCUGUCAGGCGAUUUGCUGCAGUCAAGGGAGAAGGCGCAGCAAAAUGCUGCAACAUGUACUCCAGCAGCAGCAACAACAGCAACAGCAGCAGCAGCAGCAGCAGAAGCGCCGCGGCAGGAGAGACAAACGGAGAACGAUCGUCCUGGUGCAGCUUUGGAUAAGAGCAGCAGCAGAAACGGCAGCAACAGCAACAGCAGCAGCAGCAGCAGCAGCAAAGAAGCAACGGAACCAAGACGCAUCCGCAGCACGCCUAUAAAAUCAGAAGCAUCAGCUUGGCUAGCAGCAGGAUCAGCAGCAGCAGCAACAGCAGCAGCACCUGCAGCAACAGCAGCACCUGCAACAACAGCAGCACCUGCAGCAACAGCAGCAGCAGCAGCACCUGCAGCAGCAGCAGCAGCAGGUGAUGGUCAUAAUAAUCGUCAAGGAGGGAGUGUAUCAUUACGUUGCUCUGGGGUGUCUAUGCAGCAGGAGCUGCAGCAGCAGCAGCAGCAGCUGCCACGAGUUCAGGUGUCUGUACACCGCAAAGAGAGGCAACAAAUGCCCGCCUUUGAUUGCAUGCAAUGUAAAGAAUUCUAUGGACUUGUUGAUCCUAAUUCGGAUGAUAACAAACAGCGAUGCUCUCGCCAUAGACAUUUUGUUGCUCCUCCUUCUACCCCUCCGGGCUAUUGGGACUUGUAA